AUGAGACAGGUGGCUAAUACCCUCAACAGGAGGGAAGAAAGGAAACUUUCAAGUCAACCGAUAGCCAACCCAAAGGGACACUACAUGGCAGAAGCAAGUACUUCACAUCAUCAGCAAGUGCUAGCCAUCACCACAAUGCGCAAUGGAAGAAGGGUCUACAAUCAUGUGCAAGAAAAUGAGGAUGAGCAAACAGAGACCCCAGAAAAUCUGCAGAAGGAAAAGGGUAAGCAAGUAAGAAACAAGACUUCUUCUUCAUCUGCUCCCACCCCUGAGAUACCAUAUGAGCCCCAUGACCCAUUCCUAGAAUGUCUCAAGGCACCUUCUCACUUUAGGAAACAAGGAGAGAAAAUACAAGAUAUGAUGGAGGUCUUUAAACAGGUAAAAAUCAACCUCCCACUCCUUGAUGCCAUUGAGCAAGUUACUCCUUAUGCCAAAUUCCUCAAAGAUUUGUGUACUAAAAAGCGGCAAACAAGGGACAACACUCUGAAGAAGGUAUUUCUCAUUGAGCAGGUCAGUUCUAUAGUUCAGCAUAGUCUCCCUCCAAAGUUCAAAGACCCUGGUACUCCCACCAUCUCCUACAUUAUUGUGGACCACAAGAUUGAUAAAGCCCUCUUUGAUUUGGAGACUGGAGUGAAUCUACUACCUUACUCAGUCUACUUACAACUCGGUUUGGGGGAAUUAAAGCCUACACCCAUUAUCUUGCAAUUGGCUAAUAGAUCCACCAAGAAACCACAGGGAAUCAUUGAAGAUGUUAUCAUCCAAGUCGACAAUUUCUAUUUCCCCAUGGCCUUCAUCGUUCUUGAUACUAAACCGGUGGCUAAUCCCACAAAGAUGAUCCAUGUAAUCCUAGGUCGCCCUUUCUUAGCUAUGGCUAAUGCGAAUAUAAACUGUAGGACCAAAAUUAUGAAGAUCAGGUUUGGGAAUCUGAAAGUAAAAUUGAACAUAUUUCAUACCUUCCAGCAACCACUGGAUAAAGCUGAGUACUUCUUUCUAGACUUCAUAGAGGACUUGGUUGAAGAGCUCCCUCCUUACAAUCUGACUAAAGAUCCCGUCGUGGCCAGUAUGACACACAUCAAGGUGGAUAAUUGUGAUACAGCGCAAACCAUAAACCAAGCAAAUUCUUGGCUUCCCACUACUGUCAAACUCAACGUUCCUCCAUUGGCCAUACCAAGAACGUCUCGAUUAUUGCUUCCAAGUAACAUUCUCUCCCAAUGGUCCAAGAAGGUAAAUAAUAGAGUUACCAAGGGCAAUGAUUGCAGCCUUACAUUGAGGGCAUUGCACAGAAUGGAGAUGUUGCUUCCAUCUACUUGA